AUGGUGGAGUUGCCCAACCAUUCGGGCGAUGAGAAAGACCCGCAUCCAACCGGUGAACAAGCUGUUGAGAUAAAAAGUGAACUCGACUUUGAAGUCACUCAACAAGAUGUGGAAAACUUGAAAACCCAAGUCAUAGCACAAUUAAUCAAUAAGACUACCAAUUUUCCUAAUUUAACGAAGUCACCGGCUCUUAUAGAUCAAUUCAAUGAAGUGUAUCACAUUUUUGAACAUACGGUAAAAGAUAGGGAAGGGCAUUCAGCAUUGGUUAUAGGACCAAGAUCAUCAGGGAAAUCAGCAAUAGUUGAAAGAGCGUUGAACGAUUUACUGGAAAAAUAUAAAGACGAAUUCAUUGUCAUUAGGUUAAGUGCAUACUUACAUUCGGAUGAUAAUAUUGCCUUGAGAGAAAUUGCUAGACAGUUGGACUAUCAUUCAAAAAAAUUUAAUAAUGAUGAAGAUAAUGAGACAUUGACCCAUAAAUUCGAACAAAGAGGUAUAAGUGAUACAUUCAAUAAUAUUUUGGCUAUCCUAGAUGAUGCACCAAGCAAUUCCAAAGAUUCAGAUCAGUCUUUACAAUCAGCGGCAAUCAUAUUUGUUAUCGAUGAGUUUGAAAAGUAUACUGGAAAUAACAAACAGGCGCUUUUGUAUAACUUGUUUGACUUGUCUCAAACAUCUUCAAUUCCAAUUUGUAUUUUGGGGAUAUCAACUAAGAUCACCACUGGUGAAUUAUUAGAGAAAAGGGUCAAGAGUAGAUUCAGUCAAAGAAUCAUCUCUAUUAAUCGCCCGAAAACCGUGGAAGAGUUUUGGGAAAAUGCAAAGCUCAAUUUAAUAGUCGAUGACAAAUUAUUGGGAAAUGAAAAGUAUACUCAUUUAUGGAAUGAGCAUAUCAAUAAAUUAUUCAAUGAAAAAUCCUUCGGUCAAGAUUUGAGAUCAUCAUCAAAUCUACUAAAAAUCGUUUAUCAAAUCUAUUUCACUACCAAGAACUUCAAGGAAUUCAAUAAUAAUUGUAUUUAUCCAGUGUCUAGACUAUCGAUUGAGUCACCUUUUCUUAGAGAUUCUGAUUUCACUCGGUAUUUGUCAAAACAAUCUACAAAUAACAUUCAGGACAUCAUAAAAUCCUUAUCUACUUUGGAAUUAUUACUAGUUAUUGCAGCUGCAAGAUUCAUCGAAAGAAUUGAUUUACAAGUUAUUAAUUUCAAUAUGGCCUACAAAGAGUACGAAGAUAUGAUGAAGCUCUUCAACAUGGCUUCGACAACUUCAAAUAACGCUACUACCAAUUCAUACAUUGAUAAUAUCGUUUUAACUAACUUGAAAGUCACUCAAAAGACUUGGCUGUCAAAAGUUCUUAAAAAUAGUUGGGAAACACUCUACAAAUUGGGGGUAAUCAUAGAUGUCGUCACUCAAAGUAAUGAAUUGAACGCAGCCAACAACAACAUCAAUAAGAAUUUCAUUAUUGAAGAAAAUAAAAUGGUUCAACUUGACGUUACCUUAGAAGAACUAGCCCAAAUAAUGGAAGACUCUACUGUAUUCAAAAAGCUUACCAAAUUAUGA